AAAUCUAUAACGAGUCGUGUGGAACAGAUUUUCGAUCCCAACGGGUCAAAAUAUGUUACAAAUUAUACAAAAGGAAAAUCGAACAUGUGAUCUGUAUUCGACGGACUCUCUGUUUUUGUCAUUAACGGCUUGAGUUGUUGAAUAGUAACUGUAAUACAACAUUGACUAGUCAUCAUCCCUGCAGAAUCGGAAGCUUAUAAAUAUCUUCCAGGUUAGUGUAGUAGUAUUUUCAUAUAUUGUGUAUUAUACUAUGGCAGGAGCUACGAAGGUGGAGAAAUACAGGGAGUUGCUGGAUGCAGAGAAUGUGAAAGACGUUGAGUGGAGGUUUGGAGCUCCUCCAAACUAUGAUGUCGUUGAUGAGCUUUUCGAACAAGGCCGAACUAAGAUAUGGCCAGCGGGUUCACUGGAAGAAAAGGUGCAGAAGCUUGUGAAGACGUGGGAGAUGGAAAUGUUUCACAAAACCCGACCGGAAGACUUCAAAACUAUUGAUCCAGACAAGUUUACUCUAAGCGUCAACGGAAGGCAAGGCCUUGCAAUGGGUGACAUAAAAAGGAUCAAGGGAGGAUACAAUGCUAUGCUACAAACACAACUCCCUGAACAUUUGCGCGUCUACAAUCCGGCUGAGGAAUCAGCUGACUCAUCUCAUGUUGUUUUCACCACAGCAUUUCCUCGGGGAUUUGCUCUAGAGAUUCUCCAGGUAUAUGCAGGACCGCCCGUGAUUGUGUACAAGUUUAGACACUGGGGUUUCGUGGAAGGUCCUUUUAAAGGCCAUGCCCCUACUGGAGAAAAAGCAGAGUUUCAGGGAAUUGCCAUUUUUGAGUUGGAUGAAAACUCAAAGAUCUUCAAGGUGGAGCUUUUUUACGACAGGGGAGAACUUCUCGGAGGUCUGGUGAAGGGUGAAAAGACUACUGAUUCUACUGGUGGAAUGGCUUCAAGCUGCCCUGUUAUGAGGACAGGAUAACCUCUGCAACAAACUGAUAAAUAAAUAAUAAGCUUCACCACUGGAUGGUCUCAAGAGUUCUCAUAAUAUUUCGUAAUCAAUAAUGCAUCUUCAUAAUAUGUAUUUUGCCUUCAAUGUAUAACAUAUAGUUUGUAUUACUGCAAUUUGCCAUUUCCUGAAGCUUUUGUGAUAAAAUCAGUUAAUCUCAUCUCAAGUGCCAGUCUUUUAUUAUGAUUAUAUCACAUCUUUUCGGAUCCUUA